AGAGGCGGGGGACCGCGGCGGAGGUGGUGAGUGCUCUGGGGCGCCUUCUCCCUGUGUCCCUCCUAGAGUCGCCUCCGGGCUGGGUCUCUCGUGGGUUCCUUAGUCUCCAAAGUAGAGGUCGGGCCUGGCCCCAUAGGUGCAAAGAAAGAAAAUUGAAGUCAAAGACCAUGGGAGAUGCAGCGAAACCUUAUAUUGUGAAGCGCAGUAAAGACCGAGGACCUGUCGAUGAUGAUGAUUUCAGAAGGGGUCACCCCCAACAAGAUUAUUUAAUAAUGGAUGAUUAUGCUAAAGGCCAUAGCAGUAAAAUGGAAAAAGGCCUUACGAAAAAAAAGCUAACUCCUGGGAACUAUGGGAAUACCCCGAGAAAAGGAUCAUACGCUGUUUCCAGCAAUCCAUAUGCAUUUAAAAACCCAAUUUACAGUCAACCCACUUGGAUGAAUGACAACCACAAAGAUCAAAAUAAGAGGUGGCUAUCUGAUGAACUUACUGGUAAUUCAGACAAUUGGAGAGAGUUUAAACCUGGACCUAGAAUUCCUAUCAUAAGCAGACCAAGGAAAGAUGCCUUUCAAGAAAGUGAAGAUGGUUACAGGUGGCAAGAUGGAAGAGGCUGCAGAACUGUAAGAAGACUGUUUCAUAAAGACCUAACAAGCCUAGAGACCAUGUCAGAAAUGGAAGCAGGAAGUCCUGAAAACAAGAAGCAGCGGUCCAGACCCAGGAAACCACGGAGGACUAGAAAUGAGGAAAAUGAACAGGAUGGAGAGUUGGAAGGCCCUGUGAUUGACGAGUCUGUGCUUUCGACAAAGGAGCUACUGGGCUUACAGCAGGCUGAGGAGCGUUUGAGGAGAGACUGCAUUGACAGGCUAAAAAGGCGACCACGAAACUGCCCUACAGCAAAAUACACCUGCAAACUCUGUGAUGUUUUAAUUGAAUCCAUUGCAUUUGCUCAUAAGCAUAUCAAAGAGAAGAGGCACAAGAAAAACAUUAAGGAGAAGCAGGAGGAAGAGUUGCUCACUACGUUACCCCCGCCAACACCCUCCCAGAUAAAUGCAAUUGGCAUUGCCAUUGACAAAGUGGUACAGGAGUUUGGCUUACACAAUGAGAAUUUGGAACAGAGGCUAGAAAUCAAAUGUAUCAUGGAAAAUGUGUUCCAGCACAAGUUACCAGAUUGUUCUCUAAGAUUAUAUGGGUCGUCCUGUAGCAGAUUGGGUUUCAAAAAUUCGGAUGUAAACAUUGACAUUCAAUUUCCAGCCAUUAUGUCUCAGCCAGAUGUCCUCUUAAUUGUUCAAGAAUGUUUAAAGAACAGUGACUCCUUUAUUGAUGUUGACGCAGAUUUCCAUGCAAGGGUACCGGUGGUAGUAUGCAGAGAAAAGCAAAGUGGUCUUCUUUGUAAAGUGAGUGCAGGAAAUGAAAAUGCUUGUCUGACAACAAAACACUUAACUGCACUCGGAAAACUAGAACCAAAGCUGGUUCCUUUGGUGAUUGCAUUUAGGUACUGGGCAAAGCUUUGCAGUAUAGAUCGCCCUGAGGAAGGAGGCCUGCCACCUUAUGUGUUUGCCCUUAUGGCCAUUUAUUUUCUUCAACAGAGGAAAGAACCUCUUCUGCCAGUUUAUCUAGGAUCAUGGAUUGAAGGAUUCUCGUUAAACAAACUUACGAACUUCAACCUUAAAGACGUUGAGAAAGACUUUGUGGUCUGGGAAUACACUGAUAAUGUUGGGGAUACAAACACAGCAAAAGAAGAGUCACCAAAAGAAAGGCCAAUUAAAAGGGGGCAGGUAUCAUUAAUAUUUGAUACAAAACACCAGCCUUCAGUACCAGUUGGGCAGCUCUGGGUGGAACUGCUGCGAUUCUAUGCUUUAGAAUUUAAUUUGGCUGAUUUAGUGAUCAGUAUCCGUGUCAAAGAAUCAAUAUCUCGAGAAUCAAAGGAUUGGCCCAAAAAGCGCAUUGCCAUUGAAGAUCCCUACUCUGUUAAAAGAAAUGUGGCAAGGACCCUAAAUAAUCAACCUGUCUUUGAAUAUAUACUUCACUGUUUAAGGACGACAUAUAAAUAUUUUGCUCUUCCACACAAACUUGCAAAAUCCAGCCUUCCAAAGCCUCUGAGCACAGUUACAAGUAUUUCAGAACAUUUUAAAGAAGUAAUAAAUCAUGAUCCAGAUGUGCAAGCAAAAGACGAUAAGCUCAACAAUUCCGUUUUGGCUCAAGGCCCUGGUGCUACUACCAUUUCAACUGAAAAUGCAUGCAAGGCACAGCCACUUUCUCUUAAAGAGACUGCUGAAAGCUGUGRAAGCCCACCAGCUGAAGAAAUUGGAAAUGUACACAUCAGGAAAUGCACACAUCUGGGAAACUCCAGCUGUAUCCAGGCAGAAGUCAAUUGUGAUAAUUAUGAGGAUAUUAAAGUACACCAUCAAGAAACUGGAAGUAAAGAUGAGAAAGAGAAAAUCAGAAAGAAGGGAAAGCAUCCUUUGACUGCUGAUGACCCUGGUAUAAGCAGUAAUGAGUGUGGAGAACUUACAAUUGGCAGCAGCCCAUGUAAUUAUGAGACAGAUAGCAUUUUGAAUUUAGAAGGCCUCCAAAGUCCUACAGCCAAAGUGUAUGAUGGAUUUGCUACUUUUGAUAACAAGAUUGAUCUUGAUGAAGAAAGUGUAGAAGGUACUGAUGAGCUAGAAGACUCUUUAAACCACUUUGUCCCUUUAGUCCAGUGUCAAACAUCUGAAAUCAUUCACUUUGAUGAAGAAGAGGAGGAAGAUGAAGAGGAGGAGGAAGAACCCAGGCUCACCAUUAACCAAAGGGAAGAUGAGGUUGGCAUUGCUAAUGAAGAUGAGCUGGACAAUACCUAUACUGGAUCAGGUGAUGAAGAUGCUCUUUCUGAAGAGGAUGAUGAAUUAGUUGAGCCGGCUAAAUAUGAAGACUUGAAAGAAUGUGAAAAAAAUGUAGAUGGAGCUCUACUUAUGGAACUUAAUAAAAUAAAUCUUAAAGAAGAAGAGGAAAAUUCACCAGUGGACCAGUCUGAUUUCUUCUAUGAAUUUAGUAAACUUAUCUUCACCAAAGGCAAGUCUCCCACAGUUGUGUGCAGCUUAUGCAAACGAGAGGGUCAUCUAAAGAAGGACUGUCCUGAAGACUUCAAAAGAAUCCAGCUGGAACCUUUGCCACCACUAACACCCAAGUUUUCAAAUAUCUUAGAUCAAGUUUGUUUCCAGUGUUACAAGGAUUUUUCUCCAACUAUUUUAGAAGAUCAGGCUCGUGAACAUAUCCGGCAAAACUUAGAAAGUUUCAUAAAACAGGACUUUCCAGGAACUAAAUUGAGCUUGUUUGGCUCCUCCAAAAAUGGAUUUGGUUUUAAGCAGAGUGACCUUGACGUCUGUAUGACAAUUAAUGGACAUGAAACUGCUGAGGGGUUGGACUGUGUAAGAACUAUUGAAGAAUUGGCAAGAGUCCUUAGAAAACAUUCAGGUCUGAGAAACAUCUUACCUAUUACAACAGCAAAGGUGCCAAUUGUGAAGUUCUUCCAUUCAAGAAGUGGUCUGGAAGUAGAUAUCAGUUUGUAUAACACAUUGGCCCUUCAUAACACAAGGCUUUUAUCUGCUUACUCAACCAUUGAUCCCAGAGUGAAAUAUCUGUGCUAUACCAUGAAAGUAUUUACAAAGAUGUGUGAUAUUGGUGAUGCAUCUAGAGGCAGCUUAUCAUCAUAUGCAUACACUCUUAUGGUGCUAUAUUUCCUCCAGCAGAGGAAUCCGCCAGUCAUUCCUGUUCUUCAAGAGAUAUACAAAGGUGAAAAGAAACCUGAAAUAUUUGUUGAUGGCUGGAAUAUUUAUUUUUUUGAUCAAAUAGAUGAACUGCCUAUCUAUUGGCCAGAAUAUGGAAAAAAUACAGAAUCUGUUGGGCAACUGUGGUUGGGACUUCUUCGUUUCUACACAGAGGAAUUUGAUUUUAAAGAACAUGUUAUUAGCAUCAGGAGAAGAAGUCUGCUUACAACAUUUAAGAAACAGUGGACUUCAAAAUACAUUGUUAUUGAAGAUCCCUUUGAUCUAAAUCAUAAUCUUGGAGCCGGAUUAUCACGGAAAAUGACAAAUUUUAUAAUGAAAGCUUUUAUCAAUGGUAGAAGAGUAUUUGGAAUUCCAGUCAAAGGAUUACCAAAGGAUUAUCCCUCAAAAAUGGAAUACUUUUUUGAUCCAGAUGUACUAACUGAAGGAGAGCUGGCCCCAAAUGAUAGAUGUUGCAGAAUUUGUGGGAAAAUUGGACACUUCAUGAAAGAUUGUCCCAUGAGAAGAAAAGUGAGGCGACGGCGAGAUCAGGAAGAUACCCUGAACCAAAGAUUCCCUGAGAACAAGGAAAAAAGAAGCAAAGAGGACAAAGAAAUUCAAAACAAGUACACAGAAAGAGAGGUAUCAACAAAAGAAGACAAACCCACACAGGGUGCAGCUCAGAAAGCCAAGCCAAUGAGGGCAGCUGUUGACCUGGGCAGGGAAAAGAUUCUCAGGCCACCCAUGGAAAAAUGGAAGAGACAGGAUGACAAAGACUUAAGGGAAAAACGUUGUUUCAUUUGUGGAAGAGAAGGGCACAUUAAGAAGGAAUGUCCACAGUUUAAAGGCUCUCCAGGUAUAACUAAGUCAGAUUGUGUGUUUGGAUCCCCUUCACCUAGCCCUUUGAGACCAGCUGGUACAUUUGUUCAGGCAGUGCUUUUACAUGAAGACAAAAAGAAACAAAAAACAACAAUAUUUUUGAGUCCCCAGUCAGGUAGCCUUUCCAGUAAAUAUAUGACUCAGGGAAAAGCCUCAUCGAAGAGGACCCAGCAGGAAUCAUGAGGGAAGGAAAAUGCAGCACUCUAAUGGCCACUCAGGCAUCCCUAUUCACUUGGAAAAUUAGGUUCAUUUCACAGGACAUAGCAGCAUAGAUCAGGCUUCAACUUAACAUUCAAGGGAAAUGUCGGAUUUUUUUAAUUUAAUGAUAUUAAUGAGGAAAAAAAAUUUUAAUAUAGUCUUAUCUACCACCAAUCCCCAUAGAUUUAAGGUUUUUAAUAGAAAGCCAUGAUGUAUGUAUUUAAGCCAGGUUUAAAAAAAAAAAAAAAAAAGUGUAACUAACUGUGGGCCAGUAUUCAAUGAAUACAGCUUCAUGGUUUUAAUUCUUUGUAAGCACACAAAAAAUAGUGUGCUGAAAACCCCAAGUAAAUUAACUUCUUUUUUCCCUAUAAGUCCCUUUUUGUUUUGAAGAGGGGAAAUUAUAUUUAUUGUUGUUUACUGAAUCCUUAUGUGGAAGCGUAUCAAAUAUGUGUGAACUGCUACUGCUGUACUUAGGAUUUACAAACAUUAUUUUAUUGCUCUUUGUAGAAGUGAUAACAUAAACAUGAGUAUUUAUGUGAGCCUUAGUGGAUACGCAAGUGCCACUGAGAGAUCUCUGGGUGUUUUCCUCUCUAAUUUUAAGUAAAUUGACAGAACUACUAUGCUAUAAAAAUGAAGUCAGGAAAACAAGUAGUUCUGUUUGCUUACUAGUAAAAACAUUUUCAAGGGAAAAGUGACAAAAGUGCUUUUUACUUUUUAUGAUAUUCAGAAAUUAGGGUGGAGAACUUUUAAAAACCUUAAGAUCAGUGAUGCUGUCUCUGCCAAUCAUAAGUUUGAUUGGCAUCAUUCUGGAUCUGACUGGAGCCCUCACAGAACUGUUUCUCUAACUUCACAAGCCUUUCCAAAGUAGUACAUGGUCAGAACUAUGCCUCCGUUUAUUUAUCAUUUUGAAAUAAAAUCAAAAUUUCCAC